AUGGAAUCUAAUUCAUCAGGCUAUUAUAAUAAAGACAAUGAAGAAGAAAGUUUGCUUGCAAAUGUUGCUUCCUUAAGACAUGAACUAAAGAUAACAGAAUGGAGUCUGCGGAAUUUAGGGGAAGAGUUAUCUAGUGUUAGUACAAGUGAAAAUUCUGAUUAUGUCUAUAAUUCCUCAAGAUUUGAAAGGCUCAUUUUGGAAGAUCUUGCUCAGCCUACCCACACUGGAUUUUUGAAUUACUCACCUUAUAAAAAAGUUUGUAAGCUGUCCAGCGGCAAUUCCGAUUCUCAUAAAAAGCCAAGAGAUAAGGUGGCUAUACUUGAGUCUGCUCAACAACAGGCAGCCAAUGUCCCAAUCUUAGAAGAACAGAUUAUAAAUUUGGAAGCUGAAGUUUCAGCCCAAGAUAAAGUUUUGAGAGAGGCAGAAGAUAAAUUAGAGCAGAGCCAAAAAAUGGUGAUUGAAAAAGAACAGAGUUUGCAGAAGUCCCAAGAAGAAUGUAUAAAGUUGAAGGUGGACUUACUUGAGCAAAGUAAACAAGGAAAGAGGGCUGAAAGGCAAAGGAAUGACGCACUUUAUAAUGCGGAAGAAAUGAGUAAAGCUUUCCAACAAUAUAAAGAAAAAGUGGCUGAAAAACUGGAAAAGGUUCAAGCUGAAGAAGAAAUAUUAGAGAAAAAUCUAAUUAACUGUGAACAAGAAAAUAAAAGACUACAGGAAAAGUGUGGUAUAUAUAAAAAUGAAGUUGAAGUUCUGAAAGAAAAAUUAAGGCAGUUAAAGGAAGAAAGUACCAUUGGAAAAGAAAAAUUAAGAACUAUGGCAGUGAAAAAUUCAGAAGUCAUGGCACAACUAACUGAAUCUAGACAAAGUGUUCUAAAGCUACAGAAUGAUCUAGAUGAUAAAGAAGAAAUACUUCGAGAAAAGUUUUCUAUAAUGAAUGAAAACAAAGAAUUAAAGCUCCGAAUUACAACACAGAAUGAGCGACUAGAUUUGUGUCACCAAGAAAUUGAAAAUUCAAGGAUGGAACUGAGAAGUUUGGAAAAAAUUAUAUCCCAGUUGCCAAUUAAAAGAGAAAUGUUUGGUUUUAAAUCAUCUCUUCCUAAGCACCAGAUGAGUAGUUUGUCAAACAGGGAAGAUGAUUGCAUUGGAUGCUGUGAAGCAAAUAAAAUGAUAAUCUCAGAAUUGAGGAUUAAGCUUGCAAUAAAAGAGGCAGAAAUUCAGAAGCAUCAAGCAAACCUGACUGCUAAUCAGUUAUCUCAGAGUCUUAUUUCUUGCAAUGACAACCAAGAAAAUGGCAAAUUAAGUAGUUUAGAAACAGAACCUGUAAAACUAGGCAGUAAUCAAGUAGCAGAAAGGACAAAAGAUCAAAAUAAACAUUAUGAAAGAGAAAAACAAAGACUUGCUGCUGGAAUAGAAGAGCUCCGUAUUAAACUAAUGCAAAUAGAAGCUGAGAAUUCUGAUUUGAAGGUUGACAUGGCCCACAGAACUAGCCAGUUCCAGCUAAUUCAAGAGGAGCUACUGGAGAAAGCUUCAAAUUCUAGCAAACUGGAAAAUGAAAUGACAAAGAAAUGUUCUCAACUUUUGACACUAGAGAAACAGCUUGAAGAAAAAAUAGUUGCUUAUUCCUGUAUUGCUGCAAAGAAUGCAGAGCUAGAACAGGAACUUAUGGAGAAGAAUGAAAAGAUAAGAAGUCUAGAAACCAAUAUCAAUACAGAGCAUGAGAAAAUUUGUUUAGCCUUUGAAAAAGCAAAGAAAAUUCAUUUUGAACAGCAUAAAGAGAUGGAAAAGCACAUUGAAAGACUUGAAGCUCAACUUGAGAAAAAAGACCAACAAUUUAAAGAACAAGAAAAGACUAUGUCCAUGUUGCAGCAAGAUAUCAUAUGCAAACAUCACCAUCUAGAAUCACUAGAUAGACUCUUGACAGAAAGCAAAGGGGAAAUGGAAAAGGAAAAUAUGAAGAAAGAUGAAGCUUUGAAGGCAUUACAGAACCAAGUAUCUGAAGAAACAAUCAAGGUAAGACAACUUGAUUCAGCAUUGGAAAUUUGUAAGGAAGAACUUGCCUUGCAUUUGAAUCAAUUGGAAGGAAAUAAAGAAAAGUUUGAAAAACAGCUAAAGAAGAAAUCUGAAGAGGUAUAUUGCUUACAGAAGGAACUAAAGAUUAAAAAUCACAGUCUUCAAGAGACUACUGAGCAAAAUGUUAUCCUACAGCAUACUCUUCAGCAGCAACAGCAAAUGUUACAACAAGAGACAAUUAGGAAUGGAGAACUAGAAGACAUUCAAACGAAACUUGAGAAACAGGUAUCAAAACUGGAACAAGAGCUUCAAAAGCAAAGGGAAAGUUCAACCGAAAAGUUAAGAAAAAUGGAAGAGAAAUGUGAAGCAGCUCUACAUGAAGCAGAUUUAAAACGGCACAAAAUUAUUGAGCUCACUGGUACUGCCAGGCAAGCAAAACUUGAGAUGGAUCAGUACAAAGAAGAGCUAUCUAGAAUGGAAAAAGAAAUAAUGCACCAAAAACGAGAUGGUGAAAAUAAAGCAAUGCAUCUUUCUCAAUUAGAUAUGAUCUUAGAACAGACAAAGACAGAAUUAGAUAAGAAAACACAUGCUGUGAAAGAGUUAGAAAAGUUACAUCAUUAUACUGAAACUGAACUAACAGAAGCCUCACAAAAACGGGAAGCACUAGAAACUGAACUGCAAAAUGCACAUGGAGAAUUAAAAAGUACUUUAAGACAACUUCAGGAAUUGAGAGAUGUACUACAGAAGGCUCAGUUAUCACUAGAGGAAAAAUAUACUACUAUAAAAGAUCUUACAGCUGAACUGAGAGAAUGUAAGAUGGAUAUUGAAGACAAAAAGCAAGAACUCCUUGAAAUGGAUCAGGCACUGAAGGAGAGAAAUUGGGAGUUAAAGCAAAGAGCAGCUCAGGUUACACAUUUGGAUAUGACUAUUCGUGAGCAUAGAGGAGAAAUGGAACAAAAAAUCAUUAAAUUAGAGGGUACUUUAGAGAAAUCAGAAUUGGAACUUAAAGAAUGCAACAAACAGAUAGAAAAUUUGAAUGAAAAAUUACAAAAUGCCAAAGAACAACUUCGAGAAAAAGAGUUUAUGAUGUUACAAAAUGAACAAGAGAUAAGUCAACUGAAAAAAGAAGCUGAAAGAACACAACAAAAGAUGAAAGAAAUGGAAAGUGUUAUGAAAGAGCAGGAACAGUACAUUGCAACUCAAUACAAAGAGGCUGUAGAUACGGAUCAAGAAUUGAGACUAACCCGGGAGCAGCUGCAGAACUCUCGUACAGAAAUGGUGGAGGCUCGUCGUCAACAAGUACAAGCACAAAGAGAAAUAGAAAGGCUCUCAAGUGAACUAGAGGAAAUAAAGCAACUCUCUAAGGAGAAAGAAGUUCGUGGAAACCAUUUAGCUGAAGAAUUGGGAGCUUCACAAGUACGUGAAGCUCAGUUAGAAGCAAGAAUGAAAGCAGAAAUCAAGAAAUUGUCAACAGAAGUAGAAUCUCUCAAGGAAGCUUAUCAUCAUGAGAUACUCUCACAUCAAGAAAACCAUGCAAAGUGGAAGAUGUCUGCUGACUCUCAAAAAACUUCUGUUCAGCAAUUAAAUGAACAAUUAGAAAAGGCAAAACUGGAAUUAGAAGAUGCUCAGGACACUGUAAGCAAUUUGCAUCAACAAGUUCAAGACAGGAAUGAAGUGAUUGAAGCUACAAAUGAAGCAUUGCUUAUUAAAGGAGAAAAAUUAUAAUUAAAAGAAGAUGUUUAUGUGAUGAACAAUGGAGUUUGUGGUACUGUGCUGAGUUUACUACUGUAGCUCAUACUUUAUAGAGGCUGUUAUUUUGUUGCAUUUGAAUAAAUUUUAUAUUUCAAUAUUUU